GUUUUGUCAUUAUAAUAUAAACGGUGAUAAAAAAAAGUAAUAAUCUCAUCUGUACUUAGGUCGUGUAGACUUGUUAGUAAAAAACAUUAAAUAAAAGCUGUUGUUUGUUGCCGAAGAAAAAGCGAGAAAACUAGGAAAAUAAAAUUUGAGGAAGAAGAAGCCAUUAGAGGAGUCUCAAGGUAAAGAUUUCUACACGCAACUUUAUGUCUUCUCUGUAUGUUCUUUAUCCUGUAGAAGAGCUAUCAGACGAUUAAAGCCCUACGAUACGAGAUCAAUCGAUCACCAUCAUUCAAUGGAGGAAUCGGUGGCUUCAUCUUCCUCGCACUAUAUCUCAAUUUUCACAAAUUACCCUCUGAUUUCCGCCGUUUUAGCUUUCACCAUCGCACAAUUCAUCAAAUUCUUCACCUCCUGGUAUAAAGAAAGGAGAUGGGAUUUGAAACGGCUUGUUGGGUCUGGAGGUAUGCCUUCAUCACAUUCAGCAACGGUUACAGCUUUAGCUUUAGCUGUUGGUUUACAAGAAGGUUUUGGUGGUUCACAUUUCGCUAUCGCUUUGGUUCUCACUACCAUUGUUAUGUAUGAUGCAACUGGUGUAAGGUUACAUGCUGGACGCCAAGCUGAGGUUCUAAAUCAGAUUGUGUAUGAACUUCCUGCAGAGCAUCCUCUGGCUGAAACCAGACCUUUGCGUGAACUUCUAGGUCAUACUCCUCCCCAGGUUAUUGCUGGUGGAAUGCUUGGAAUAUCUACAGCAGUUGUUGGGUACUUAGUCAUCUUGUUAGCCAAGUAGCUUAAGCUGGGAACAGCAAAAUCUCGCCUUUUCUGCUCCAUUGUGUGUCAAGGCGCUGCUAGGUAGUUUAAAGAUAGCCAUGACAUGCAAAUAGAAUUUGGAAAUUGAGCUUAAUUUCUCUGUUUUUUUUGCUGCUCUGUUCUUGUCAUUGACAAUAUAUUUUAGUUAGGUUUGCUCUAGUAAAGGAAACUUGAAACGUCAUUACACAGAUCUGUAAAGUGGUAAAAUGGGAGCUUGUGCAUUGAACUACAACGAACAUGAUCUGUUUAGAUUCAGCACUCAGGAGCAUCAAUACUUUAAAACUCAUCAUCUCAUUUCCUCUUAAAUUCCAUGACUACAAAGUUUUGCUUAUAGAGCUAAUGUUGAUUUGCUUUAUUUCUUUUGGCUCAUUAAACACAUAUAUAUUAGCAUUAAGUUCUGUUUCCUCUGGCACAAGCUAGCUGAUAAAAUUCCUCUAAUGUGUGAU